CGGAUUUGCCUCAGUAAAAUUGACAUACCUUUAAAAAGUAAGUCGCACCACAGAUGAGGGUUAAACGCUGAGGACACCGGAGGAACCACAUCAGGCAGCAGCAGGUGCUAAAAUGUCUCAGCUGGACAGUGAAGAAGGGGCGAUUUUAACGGCUCUGCAGAAAGCUGCCGGGGAACAAAGAAGUUCCAUGAUAUACGCGUCUUUUAACUUUAUCAACUCCAUCAUAGGAUCUGGAAUCAUAGGUUUGCCGUAUGCUCUGAACCAGGCGGGGCUCCCGCUGGGCCUCGUGCUCCUCAUAGUGGUUGGGUUCAUCACCGACUACUCAAUCAUCCUGUUAAUCAAGGGAGGCAACGUGUCAGGGACCAGCAGUUAUCAGUCGCUGGUGAGGAGCACGUUCGGCUUCCCGGGUUUUCUGGUUCUGUCGGCGCUGCAGUUCCUUUACCCUUUCAUCGCUAUGAUCAGCUACAACAUCACCAUUGGCGACACGCUGACCAAAGUGUUCCAGCGGAUCCCAGGAGUGGGGCCCGAUCACAUCCUAGCGGAGCGCCACUUCGUCAUCCUGCUCUGCACCCUGGCGCUGACGCUGCCGCUCUCGCUCCACCGCAACAUCGAGAAGCUGGGGAAGGUGUCCUUCCUGUCCAUGGUGCUGACGCUGACCAUCGUCGUCGUGGCGAUCAUCCGGGCGGCGUCCCUGGGGCCACAAAUUCUCCCCACAGAGAACGCCUGGGUGUUUGCCAAGUGGAACGCCAUCCAGGCGGUCGGUGUGAUGUCCUUCGCCUUCAUUUGCCACCACAACAGCUUCCUCAUCUAUAGCUCCCUGGACCGGCCCACGCUGGCCCACUGGUCCCGGGUCACGCACGGCUCCGUGGGCUCGGCGUUGGUCAUCAGCGCUGCGUUCGCUGUGGCCGGCUACACCACCUUCACCGGCUACACGCAAGGUGGCAACACGCAGGUUCUUUCGCAUGUCCGCCCUAUUCCUUUAAACGGUUUGACCCGAAAGGUCAACUUUUCAGGAGACAUAUUCGAGAACUACUGCAAAAGCGACAACCUGGCAACCUUUGGACGCUUCUGUUUCGGCCUGAGCAUAAUAACCACGUUUCCGCUGGAGUGUUUCGUCACAAGGGAGGUGUUGUCCAAUGUGAUCUGCAGCAGGGACCUGUCCAAGGCGGAACACGUGGCCGUGACGCUCCUCAUCGUCGCCGCGUGCACCUCAAUAUCCCUGGCCUUCGACUGCCUGGGAGUGGUCCUGGAGCUCAACGGUGUGCUGAGCGCCACGCCGCUGAUCUUCAUCGUCCCCGCCGCGUGUUUCCUCAAGCUGUCGCCCGGGCGCCGGCUCCGCGGCGAGAACGUGAUGCCCGCCCUCCUGAUCGCCGCCGGCGUCUUCGUCAUGAUCACCGGCCUGACCAUGACGGGCCUCUACCCCCAAGACUGUUCACAUGGUGUGGAGAUGUUCUACUGCGCCGACGCCAAUGUUUCCGGCACUGUGCCGCCGUUAUGAUAGGAACGUUACAACAAUGGCCACAUUGUAUGAUGAAAGUAUGUGGAAAAACUUGACCCCCUCUGCACAGAGCCUCAACUUUAAUCCAGUCAACUAUGUGAUAAUGGCUGCUUUCAGGUCAACGGUGUUUGACCUGAAUACUCCCGCAGCCAUGGUGCAAUUAAAUAUUUAGAUCAUGUGACUCAAGGGUGUAUUGUGAAUGCGUUUGUUUUGUAAUUCUUGUACGUUCUAAUUCCCAUGUUCUGCCACCAGAU